AUGGCAGGUCAGCAGAGCAAAACUCUGGAGCCUACAGCGAAUAACUGGAUUGAAAAGCUGAAACGCUCUUUAGCUCGGAAUGCUCAUGUUCAUCAUCAGCAAUCUCGUCGGAAGUUCAAUCCAAAUUACAACCCUGCCACUUCCGGUCCUCUCAACCUUACAGGCGGUGAGGAUGAGAGCCUUCCACGUGAAAAAGGUCCAUUGCAGUCGGGCCUCGUGUUCAACUCGGCAUGCGCCACGGUCAUCUUGGGCGAACCAUUCACACGCUGGUCCCUCUUUGGCACGAUAUUGGUUUGCGCCGGCGCAGUCCUCAUUGCUAUAUUCGGAGCGAUUGGUGAACCUGCCCAUAAUUUGGAUCAGCUGCUUGCAUUACUACAACAGGCUUGA